AUGGCCAUGUCAAGGACCCCAGUGCCUCAGAUCCGUGGGAAAAAUGGUAAAGUCUUCCCCAAGCCUAGCUUGGGGAAAUGGAAGCCCUUAUUGACAUCUCCUUUUCCUCAGAACCCAGACUUUCAUGGUUAUGACCAGGACCCUGUGGUGGAUGUCUGGAAUAUGCGAGCUGUCUUCUUCUUUGGUUUUUCCAUCGCCUUGGUCUUUGGUACCACAUUUGUGGCAUAUCUGCCUGACUACAGGAUGCAAGAGUGGGCCCGCCGGGAAGCUGAGAGACUUGUGAAAUAUCGAGAAGCCAACGGCCUCCCCAUCAUGGAAUCCAACUGUUUUGAUCAGAUCCCAUUACCUGGGGGUAACUACAAAGACUUAAAAUCCUGAGAGUAAGCUCAGCACAUGGCCUGACCUCUAGAACCACCUAUCUGCCAUGCGGUUCACUGCUAGUGGGACUAAGAACUCAGACUAGGGGUGAAAGUUUCCUCAAGUCUUCAGCCUCUUCCCUUCCACAGUGUGGUAAAAGCAAAACAGAAUUUGGAAGCGCUAAGUCUGGUCCUCUAGUCUAAAUCUCAGGGCUCUGUUUGCUUUUUUCACUCCCCAAGACAAGCUGGCAAUAAUCCUAUGUUCUAGAGUUUCUACUGUUGUGAUAAAACAUCAUGGCAACAACUGAACAGUGUUCCAAGAGAGACUUUGCAGCACUGGGUCAUAAAUGGGAUAUCUUUACCAAACUUGUCCCCUCAAGACUCAAGGAUAUUCUCAGAAGAGGAGGCAGAAAUACUGUAAGAGCCAGAGGUGUUGGAGGACGCAAAGGAAACAGUAUCUUCUAGACACAACAAGGCUGAUAUGCAUAGGAACUCACAGAGACUGUGACAGCACAUAUAAGACCUGCAAAAAUUCAAGCC